AUGGAGGGUCGCAUCUUCGCGUUGACACUUCUCACGGCUUCUGCGCAUAGCGAACCGCCUCUUCAGGGUUACAACUACCACGCGCCGAGUGCAUUUGGGACCGCCAACAAUUACCUGCCACCAAGGAAUGGCUACAUCCCACCCAGUGGCAGCUACCUGCCACCGAGUACUCACAGCUCGGUCUCCGGUCUCGACCACGAUGGCCACGGCGGUCACGACCACGACGUGGAC